GCAAGAGGCGGGGACUGAUUAAGACUAGCAUUUACAGGAGCUCAGAUGCAUCGGGCAUAGACGUGACGAGUUACAUCCCCAGUCUCUGAACAGUUUUUUCUCCUGGGGGUCGAUGCAGAUAUUUUGUUUGGGUCAGUCAAAGUUGCCAAGUGACCCGACGUUAGAUAAAAUCGGUUCGACCGAGAGAAGAGGACACUGGACGCGAAGAAGCGUUUAGACAGUGUUUACGGAUGGAUGCUGAAUGGAUGUAACGUUGCCGAAACACUUCACAGACGAAUGUCAUGAGGUUGCAGCUGGGCGGGUCUUCAUCUGCUGGCUGAAGGUCAUUUUGUAAUCAGAUCAAUAUCUGCUGGGAUGCCUCAGACAUGAUGGGCCAUUAGGCUCCGAAGAGUCCUGCAUGAAAUCGCCUACUCUCUGUCUUGAAACCAUUUGACCAUCACAUGUGGCUUUAUGAGAGGAGCGUCACAGACUGAUUUUGGAUCAGAAUGAACUUUGCCUCUAGCUGUUUUGUAUCCAAACACAUUGUGCAUCAGUAGGAGUGCUGCACAUGCUCAGUCGGGCCUGUCUGGUGUUUUGUAGUAUCAGCAGGAAGCAGUCAUUCCUCCUCCUCCUCUCUUCUCCAGGAGCAUGCCCUCUGAGCCUCCUCCCAGCUCUCAGGACAUGCUGACAGGACAGAGGCUGUGUCAGUCCAAAUCCCACCAGGACUCUGUCCUCUCUGCCCUUAAUCAGCAGCGCAACGACGGACUGCUCUGCGAUGUCACACUGGUCGCCGGGGAGCAGAAGUUCCAUGCUCACAAGGCAGUCCUGGCAGCCUGCAGUGAUUACUUCCGGGCCAUGUUCAGUCUGUGCAUGGUGGAGAGUGAGGCAGAUGAGGUAACUCUCCAGGGUGUGACUAGCAUGGGACUGAAGCACGCACUGGACUUCGCCUACACAGGCCAGAUCAUGCUGGAGCCAGGAGUGAUACAAGAUGUACUGUCUGCUGGAAGCCACCUUCAGCUGCUGGAACUGCUCAGCCUCUGUUCUCACUAUCUCAUUCAGGAGCUGAACAGUUUUAACUACCUGGACCUAUACAGGCUGGCAGACCUCUUCCACUUGCCGGCCCUAGAGGAAGCAGUGGUGGGCUUUCUGGUGGAUCACCUCUCUGAGCUGCAGAGGAACAGACAAGAGGAAGUGCUGCUCCUACCUUAUCGGCUCCUCAGGGAAGUGCUAAAAAGCGACCGCCUCACCUCCCUCAGUGAAGAGGAGAUAUGGCAGUUUCUGGUGCGUUGGCUGGAGCACGACUGCAGAUACCAGUACAUGGAGGAACUGCUGCAACACGUGCGCUACGGCCUGAUGGAGGUCUCCACCCUGCACUGUGUGGCCAACAGCCACCCCUUCCUCAACUCCGGCAGCACCGUCGCCGCCCUGGUGGAGGAGGCGUUGGACUACCACCGGUCCGUAUUUGCACAGCCUUUAUGUCAGACGGCACGGACCACACCCCGCUUUCAGUCAUUGACCCUGUAUAUUGUCGGCGGGCGCAAACGGGAGGUCAGCCGCGUACGGGAACUGCGGUUCUUCAACCCUUCCGCGCAGGAGCACUUACGUGUUGCCGGGGGUUCGAACUGGAGUGAGUUGGCACCUAUGCCUGCUGGACGAAGUCACCACUGUGUGGCUGUUAUGGGCAACUUCCUGUUCGUGGCUGGUGGGGAGGUGGAACACGCCACCGAACGGACAUGUGCGGUGAGGACGGCAUGCCGGUACGAUCCGAGGGUGAACCGCUGGACUGAUAUUGCACCGAUGAAGGCAUGCAGGGAGCACUUUGUGCUGGGAGCUCUGGGACAGUAUCUUUACGCCGUCGGGGGGAGGAACGAACUGAGGCAGGUUCUGCCCAGUGUGGAGCGCUACUGUCCCAAGAGAAACAAGUGGACCUAUGUGCAACCGUUUGACCGCUCGCUGUCCUGUCAUGCAGGUUGUGUGGUGGACGGGCUGCUCUGGGUCUCAGGUGGUGUCACUAACACAGCUCAGUACCAGAAUCGACUGAUGGUGUAUGACCCAGGACAGAAUCAAUGGUUAGCACGCAGUCCCAUGUUGCAGAGGAGGGUGUACCAUGUGAUGGCGGCAGUAAAAAGGCAGCUGUAUGUGCUGGGGGGGAACGAUCUGGACUACAACAAUGACCGCAUCCUGGUUAGACACAUUGACUCUUACGACAUAGAUAUGGACCAGUGGACACGCUGCACAUUCAGUCUCCUCACAGGUCACUACACACACACACUCCAUGUGAUCCAAGAUGUAGAUGAGUUUGCUGCUUCAUUAGAACAGAUUUGA